UAUGUAUUUUUGUUUUUUUGUUUUUUUUCUAUUGAUGACAAUGACCAAGCGCGACAAUGGGUUCAUGCAUCCCAAACAAUUAGAACCAUAAUUUUUAAAUCCGGAUCGGCUCAUCGGUUUGACCGUAAAACCCAUGAACCGACAGACUCCGUGGUUUUUUACAUGGACAAGACCGUUUGUAUGUUCAACCGUGAUUAACCCGUAAAAUCGUGUAACCCGUGACCCGACGAUUUUCAUGAAAAACUGCUUGACGAUAAAAAUACUUCAAAUUGCCCCAAGUCUUCUCUUCUUCUCUCGAUUCUUGAUCUCUCCAGCCUCCACUUCUCAGUUCUCACGACGGCAACCAGUGACCACCAUGGCACCACCAACUCUAAGGUUGAAAGGCAACGACGAGUCUCGAUCUCUCUCUUCAGGCCAGGCUAUGGAGUAUGCGACUUUGUAGUUUGCAAUCUACCAUGAUGGAGGAGAAUGAGAGAAGAACAACUUACCAUUUUGGAUCUUGUGAAGUGUGUGGCAAACUGGAAGGGUGUAAGAAGAGAGGAGAUCAUGAUUCACGAGAGAGAAGCGGCAGAGAGUUCAAAGAGAUGAAAAAAGGAGAGGAAUUUAGGGUUUUGUAUUUUAGUGCAUUUGAGGAUGAAUUAAAUCCAUUGUUGCACUAGUGGGCAUGUGGCCCAUGUGUAUGGGUGCUAAAAUGAGAUUUGAAUUGGGCCAACAAAGGAACCUUGUUGAGGUUUGAGCCCAUUUCUUGGAUCAUGUCAAGCUUUUAAUUCAAAGCACAAGUUUGUAAAAAAUUCAAGUAACAUAUGAUAGAUUAAUUUAUGACGGAUAUCAAAAACGAUUGAACCGUUCAACCUUGACGGUUAACCUUGACGGUUGAGGUUUAAAAACUAUGGAUAGAACCAGAAACUGAAAAGUUUGUGCAGUCUCCAAGUCCACUCCCUCUUGAAUUCAGAUCACAGCAAUCAUCAAAACCAUGUCACUCUUUCUCAACCUCGCGCCUACUAUUCUUUCACCCACACAAACCCACCUCAAACUCGCCUCUUUCAAGCGAAAAUUCCCUUCCAUUUCUUUAUCCCCAGAUUUCAGAAAUCGAACUAAAAUCAGGUCUGUUCAUGGAAACCCAGAUCAACCACAUGUCACACCAGCAAAACCCAGAUGGGAGAACAUUGUGUCCGAUGCAGCAAGCUUGUAUCCUGUUUAUGUGACAGUUGGAGGUAUUGUUGCUUGCUUGAAACCAUCUGCUUUUGCUUGGUUUGUCAACAGAGGGCCUUCCUCGUAUAGCUUGUCUCUUGGGUUUAUCAUGCUGGCUAUGGGUCUCACUUUGGAGCUCAAGGAUUUGAUAAAUUUGUUCACGCAAAGGCCUCUUUCUAUACUGUUUGGCUGUGUUGCUCAAUAUACAAUCAUGCCGGCUUUUGGAGUGAUAAUAAGCAAAUCCCUGGGACUUCCUCCUUCUCUUUCGGUUGGUUUGAUACUACUCGCUUGCUGUCCAGGAGGAACUGCUUCCAAUGUGGUUACGUUAAUUGCUCAAGGGGAUGUUCCACUUUCUAUUGUGAUGACAGUAUGCACGACACUCGGAGCAGUACUUCUCACUCCUCUUUUGACAAAGAUUCUGGCAGCUACUUAUGUUCCUGUUAAUGCUGCUAAACUUUCCAUCAGCACUCUACAAGUGGUUGUUGCUCCAAUUCUACUGGGUUCUUAUAUGCAGAGCACAUUUCCAGCAGCUGUGAAACUUGUGACACCAUUGGCACCGUUGUUUGCUGUUUUAGUUUCAUCACUCCUUGCAUGCAGUGUAUUCUCAGAAAAUGUUGUUCGCCUAAAAUCCUCAGUGGCUAUUGCAUCUGUGGCAUCUGAUCUAUCUCCAAUCCUUCGCAUUCAAUCAGUUUUGUCUGGAGAACUAGGCGCUGUCAUUCUUUCGGUGCUGUUGCUUCAUUUUGCUGGUUUCUUUGUGGGGUAUACAGUGGCAGCUAUUUGCAGGUUUAGGGAACCAGAACGGCGAGCAAUAUCGAUUGAGGUUGGAAUGCAAAAUUCUUCUCUAGGGGUGGUUUUAGCGGCAUCCCAUUUCACUUCUCCGAUGGUUGCGCUGCCUCCGGCAAUGUCAGCAGUGAUUAUGAACAUCAUGGGUAGCAGUUUGGGUUUCAUAUGGAGACAUGUAAAACCUUCUGAUUCGGACGGCGGUCCUAAAGCUAAUGCAAACUAAGGAUAUUAACACCUUUUCAUGUCACCUUCCAUCACUUUUUAUUGUGUUGAUUUUUUUUUACGUGGAAGCCACAGCGACUUCCAUUCGGGUUAAUGAUUCUAUUGAUUAGGACUAUUUGCAUAUCUAACUAAGCAUAUCUCAUUCUAAAUAAACCCCAGUAAAAAACAUAACAUUUAUGAGUA